AUGUCGUGGAGACAGGCUAGUACUGCUGGUGCUGCCCCUGGUGCUGCUGCUGCUGCUGCUGCUGCUGCUGCUGCUGCUGCUGCUGCUGCUGCUGCUGCUGCUGCUGCUGCUGGUGCUGCUGGUGGUGCUGGUGGUGACACUGGUGGCACUGGUGGUGGUGGUGGUGGUGGUGAGCGAACGGGUGUCACUGCUGUUAGCAGCUCAGGGUCCAGGGGAGGCAAGCCACCGCUGCCAAGGAAAGCGGUUUCGUUUCUGAGUGAUGGGGUUGGGGCAGCUGAUGGUGGGGGGGUGACUGCUGUUGGGAGCACUGGAGGCGGAGCGGGAAAACAGCGGCAGAGGAAAGCAGUGUCAUUCCUGAGUUAUGGGGAUGAUGGUGUGAGCGAUGGUGAGGCGGUGACAGCUGUUGGGAGCACAGAAAGCGGAGAGGAAAAACAGAGUCAGGGGAAAGCCGUGUCAUUUAUGAGUGAUGGGGACGGUGCGAGUGAUGGUGGGGGGAUCACUGCUGCAAGCAGCAUGGAAAGCAGAGAGAAACAGCAGCCGCGUAGAAAGGUUUUGACAAGAAACGACAGCCUGGAAAGGGACGAUGAGUUACAUUCAGUUGCACCACUGAGUGUGCCCACGGGGCUAUCCAGUGUUCCCACGGGGCUGUCCAGUGCGCCCACUGGGCUGUCCAGUGUGCCCUCUGGGGUCUCAGGUGGAGGGGACUUAAGCCAGCAUGGCAUGGUCCUCCCCUUUGAUCCUCUCACCCUCUCCUUCCACAACGUCAACUACUAUGUCGACAUGCCCGCCGAGCUAAAAGACAAGGCCGGGCCGCCCGGCCAGCGGCUGCAGCUGCUGCACAACGUGUCCGGCAUCUUUCGUCCCGGAGUGCUGACCGCCCUGAUGGGGGUGUCUGGGGCAGGGAAGACCACGCUAAUGGACGUGCUGGCAGGGAGGAAGACUGGGGGGUACAUUGAAGGGGAUAUCCGCGUGUCUGGGUACCCGAAAGUGCAGGAGACGUUUCUGAGGGUGUCAGGGUAUUGUGAGCAGGAGGACAUUCACACGCCCCAGGUGACCGUGCAUGAGUCUCUGCUCUACUCCGCCUGGCUGCGCCUGCCUGAGGAGAUUGAUAGGGAUGUGAUCCUGGUGAGUGGCGAAAUGUGA